AUGUUUGCAGUGAGGGCGGACCUGCUCAGGAACCUGGGCAAUAUGGCCAACAGCGAGCUGCAUGAGCACUACCCGGUAGUCCCAGAGCCGAUCCGGGAGUACAUCGAGGAGGUACAGAUGCACCUGGAGGCCCUGACCAACUACGAGGGCCCUGACCUGUUGCUGGAGGAGAAGCUGAGCUUCCUGCGCGAGACCCGCCACGCCUUCGGGCGCACUGCACUGGUGCUCAGCGGCGGCGGCGCCCUCGGGGCCUUCCACAUUGGUGUGGUGAAGGCGCUGCGUGAGCAGAAGCUGCUGCCGCGCAUCGUGGCAGGGAGCAGCGUGGGAUCCAUAGUGGCGGCAUGCGUGGGAACGCGCAACGAUGCGGAGCUGGAGGAGCUGUUUGACAACGCGGAGAAGUUCGACCUGUCCUUCUUCAGCAACAACACCGCGGCCGAGUUUGUCAAGCACUUUGUGCGCCACGGCACGCUGCAGGACGCCACCGUUCUCUCCCGCCGCCUCAAUCGUUUGCUGGGCAACGCCACCUUCCUGGAGGCCUUCCAGCACUCUGGCCGCAUCCUGAACGUGGCGGUGUGCCCGGCGGACACCAACGAGCCGCCGCGCGUGCUCAACUACCUCACAGCGCCCCACGUGUACGUCUGGAGCGCAGUCUCCUGCUCCUCAGCGUUCCCUCUCCUCUUUGCGCCCCAAAACCUCUUUGGGCGCAACCAGCAGGGCGCCGAAGUCACGUUCAGCGCGGAGUCGAUGCAGGAGAGCCAGCGGCGGUGGAGGGACGGGUCUCUGGAGGAGGACCUGCCCAUGCGCAGCUUGAGCGAGAUGUUCAACGUCAACUACUUCCUGGUCAGCCAGACCAACCCCCACAUCGUGCCCGCCCUCAAUCUCAAGAAGCGCGUCAACCGCAAGCUCGGCAACAUCCUUGAAGCCGAGUGGAAGCACAGGUGCCGUGCGUGCCAGCAGCUGAUGUAUGUGUUCCCGGUGCUGCGCUGGCUCAAGGUGUUCAGCCAGACCUGGGAGGGGGACGUGACCAUGGUGCUGCCCUCCUCCUACAUGCAGCUCAAGAAGUCCAUCACCAACCCCACCAACAAGGACCUCCUUGACGCCUGCAAGCAGGGCGAGCAGGUGACGUGGGCGAAGCUGAGCGCGAUCCAGGCCAACUGCGGGAUCGAGGCGACGCUGGAUGCGUGCAUGCUACGCCUGAGCGAGAUGGUGGCCGCCCAGAAGCAGGUGCAGGGGCUCUACCGCGUCGCCAAGAAUGGGCGCAAUGGAUCCAGCGUCAUGCACCAACGCAUCCCCUCCUGGAUCAACCUCGCCUCCAUGGGCGGUGCGCGGCCUUCGUCAAUUUGUUGCUUUCUUCUACUGAUAUGUGCAAGCUAUGCUGCAGUGAUUCCCACCUGCAGUUCUGCGCAAGCUGCUGGGUCUCCUAGCCUUGCUGUCACUUCUGCGGUUGCUUAA